AUGGCGGAGUCUGUUGACGAUACGAGCUGGAUCACAGAUCUGGAGACAGCACUGAUAGAAGAAUGUGACUUUGGGACGCUCAGAAACAUCUGUAAAUGUCGUCCAGUACCAGAUCACCUGAGAGCAGAGGUGUGGCAGAUAUGCCUGAAUGUACAGAACAAAGGCGACAGUAUGGGGACAUUUGAUGGCCUUUAUGAUAUGGAAGAACAGGGACUUGUGAGAGAGGAUUGUCGCACACUUGUUGAUAAACUUGGCAAUGAAGAAGAAGAUAAAGUGUCGAUUGUCAGUGAUCUGGAAUCCAUAGCAACAUUCUUCUCAAAAUCUAGGAAUGAAAAGUACACAUCAGAAAAUGGCUGGCUAGAUAUCUUGCAACCUUUGUUGUCUCAGAAACUGGGACGAGGAGAAGUGUACAAUUGUUUCUACUCCUUAACCAACAAAUACAUCCCUAGAGACUGUAAGAAGAAUGGAAAGCCGUUCCAUUUGUUCCGCCUGCUGUUACAGUAUCAUGACCCAGAACUCUGUUCCUUUCUAGAUACAAAGAAAAUCACGCCAGACACCUACGCACAGACCUGGUUCCGUAGCUUAUUUGCUGCCACGUGUGACCUUCAGGUCAUCAAGUACAUGUGGGAUGUGUAUUUCCAGCACGGUGAUCCCUUCUUAGUCUUCUUCAUGGCGCUCGUCAUUCUCGUCAAUGCAAGGGACCAACUGAUAUCAAGUGAAGGAGAGAGCAAACAGAAUCUGAUAGAAAUGUUGACAACAUUUCCUGGAGGACUGGAAGCCGAAGACAUUGAAGAUUUCUGCUCUCUCGCCCAGUACUAUGCCUCUAAAACACCACAGUCAUUCCGCAGGGAUUACCAAGGACCACUUUUUGGCACAAGUAUGAUCCCAGUCAGUGAAGCGUUUGGAGUCCAGGUUUCUCAGGCUCUUUGUUUACCUGUAUCAGUGGCAGAACUGUUACAGGCUAACAAAUCUUUAAGUGGAGAUGCAGUGAGGUACUUCAUUGUGGACUGUAGACCUGCAGAACAGUACAACCGUGGACACCUUCCCACGGCCUUCCACCUAGACGCAGACCUUAUGUUACAAAACCCAGUGGAGUUCAACACAGCUGUGCAGGCAUUGCUGGCCGCCCAACAACAGGCCAUCUUGUCUAGUAGAACAAGUGAUGUGGAAAAUGGGGAAGAUUUCACAAGCAGUGUUAAGAAUGACGGUGGGGAGGGAUCAUUAUUUGGAAAACUUACCAGUGUAGUGAAGAAUAAAAGUAUUGUGAUGAAGCAGAAACUCACAGACUACAUCAAAAACGAACACCAGUUACCAGUGAGACAUGUCAGUGAUACUGACAGAGUUGGUAAGCGAUACCGGAACAUGGAAAAUGUUUUUUCUAUAGACGAUGAUGAUGCCGAAGACCAAACAGUGAGUUCAUCAGAUGACGAGAGAAAAGAAACAAUAAGUUUGGAGACUUGGCUAAAGAAACCAGACGUUGUGUACACUUGUAAAUGUCAGGAAGUGAUAUCCAAUGGUUACAUGUUCCCCACGUAAGUUUUACUAUCAUAUCUCACA